UGGCCGGCGGCGCGCAUCCCCGCCGUCACUUGGGCCGCCACCACUGGUAUUUUCAGUAAACAUGGCGGCUCACGACUCCUCCGACGGGCUGGCGGCCGUCCAGACCCAACACAGUAAAUCGAAGAAGAAUAAGAAAAAUAAACCCAAAGAAGACAAGGAUGCAAAUGAAGCACCUAUUGUAAAUGGAGAAUCUGAACCCAGUACUAGUGGGCUUUCCAAGGCAAGUGGUGUAGGUGUAGGAACUCAGGUCCCUCCGUUGAUGCCUGAAGUAGAGAGAUACAUGCGGAAGAUGCAACUGCAGAAUCAGCGGGAGUUUCAGUUUUGGAACACUCAACCUGUUCCAAAAAUCAGUGAAGACAUUGGGGAAGAUGUUAAUGAAGCAAUUGAAGAAGAAAAACCUAUAUCUGAGAUUAAGCAAGAACCUUAUAACCUACCAGAUGGCUUUAAAUGGGAGACCCUAGACCUCACUAAUGAAGAAGUGGUUUGACUACAGCAGAGAGUUUCUGCGGUGGGCUCUCAUGCCUCCAGGAUGGAAACCCGAGUGGCACGUUGGCGUUCGUGUGUCUAAGAGCAAUAGAUUAGUAGGAUUUAUAUCAGCAGUUCCAGCCAAAAUCAGGAUAUACAAGCACCAGCAGCAAAUGGUUGAAAUUAAUUUCCUGUGUGUACAUAAGAAGCUACGGUCGAAACGCCUGGCACCUGUAUUAAUAAAGGAAAUAACUAGAAGAGUUAAUCUGACGGGAAUAUUUCAGGCUGUGUACACUGCUGGUGUCUUGUUGCCGAAACCUGUGGCAUCUUGUCGCUACUGGCACCGCUCACUCAAUCCAAAGAAGCUAAUAGAAGUUAAAUUUUCUCAUUUGGGAAAGAAUAUGACUAUGCAGCGCACACUCAAACUGUAUCGGCUGCCAUCAGAAACAGUAACGUCAGGUUUCAGAAGAUUAAAGAUUGAAGACGUUGACGAUUGCCAUAAGUUGUUAGAAGGAUACUUGAACAAAUUUGAUUUAGCACCUGUAUUUAGUAAAGAAGAAUUCAUUCAUUGGUUUCUUCCCCAAGACAAGAUCAUAGACAGUUAUGUAGUUGAAAACUUUGGCAAAGUUACUGAUUUUGUGAGCUACUAUACAUUGCCGUCAACAGUUAUGCAUCAUCCAACAUACAAGUCCUUGAAAGCUGCCUACUCUUUUUACAAUGUUUCUUCAGCCACUCCCUGGAAAGUUUUGAUGAAGGAUGCACUAGUCACUGCCAAGAAUUCUGACUAUGAUGUAUUCAACGCAUUAGACUUGAUGGAGAAUUCCGAGUUCCUUGAAGACCUGAAGUUUGGUCAAGGUGAUGGCAAUCUACAGUAUUACCUUUACAAUUGGCGGUGUCCUAAGAUGGUACCUCAAAAGGUUGGCUUGGUAUUGCAAUAAUGCAAGGGAGGCUUAAGUUUCUUGCAUAUUUUAACUCUGGUAAUUACAGAAGAACUCUGUAAAAUUGCAUUGGUUGCUGUUUAGAAGAGUAAUUCGUUUGAGCACAGAAGUUGUCCCAAGCUUCUCUGCAGUAAAUACACUAGCUAUCAUAUGCUGUAGCUAAUUACAGUGAAAAUGAAAUAACUACCAAGAUGGAAUUAGGAUAAAGUAUGGUAAUUUAUAUUAAGUUCUUCCUUGCAGUAUUUUCCUUUCAAUAUAAUGGAAAGUGAUGGCUAAUAAUGUGGACUUGAAUGUUACAAUUGCAUUGUGGUAUAUAAAUCUUUACAACAAUUCAGUUACCAGUAACUGAAUUGUUGUGAGAGGUCUCCAAAUGGUCAGCUAUUUUGUUCAAUAAAAUGUAAUACAAUAUAUAUAUAUUACUGAUUAGAGAAAGGACUAAAAUUAUCUGGUGAUAAAUGAAAGUUCAUUGUUGCAAGGAGGUUUGUUUAUGUACAAGUAUUGCGUGACUGAAGCAACAGCCAACAAGCUUUCCUUUACAUUUUAAUAGAGCUGUCUUACUGUAGGAAACACUGCAUGGCCUUUUUUUUUUUAAAGAUUGUAAUUUAUUUUUGUUCUGGCUCUUAAGAAGUGUAUAAUUGUGGGUGCAUUAAUUAUUUUAUCUGCUUAGGUUCUCAUUGUCAUUGGUUAUGACACCACCUGUAUAUUACCGACUCCAAUUGAUGUCAAAAACUGCAUAAUCCUCAGGUGAUUUAUGAAUUAGUCCCAGUGUGAGAGAUGCUUUGUAAGCCUCUUCAGUAUUUCUGAAGACACUCUUUUUCUGUGAUAUCAGUUGCUUGAACUUAGGCAGUAUGCAUAGGUUUGUCAGUGUGCCUACACAACUAUAAGUAAUUACCAAUUCUUUUAUCAUGAGCUUGUGCUUAAAAUAGGGAAGAAAAUUAUAUGGGUAAGUGAAAGCUGUUGUGCAUUCAUGACACUAAACAUGACCAAAUUCUUAGUGCUUUUACACUUGUCAAAUACUUCAGCUACCCAGUAAGUCAUUUAGAUUAUAAUUUUUAGGUAAUCUAGCAGCAAUUAUAAUGUUAAUUACAUUUGUAGAUCGAUGUAAUAUUACAAAGAUGAUAGUUAUAAUUCAUAUGUAGUGUUAUUAAUAGUGAAUCAAUUAAAUACUUUGCCAAGAGUGUAUUCAUACAAUCAUCUCCAGUUGUAAAUAUGUAAACAUGCAUUUACUUCUAGAAUUCCUGAGAGCAAGUUAUGGAUACUGUAGAUAAUUAAGACCUGAGUGUCUAAUUCACCUUCACAACACCAUGAACACUGGUGGUUUAAUUGGAAGCAAUGGCAAAAUUAUAAUGCUCUUAUUGAAAGCAAAAGUAUUAAAAUUCAAGUUAGAAUGUAUUGAAAUGUCCCCCAAGCACUACUGAUUAUGUGUCUAAUUAAGUCACAAUUGCUUUUAAACUUAAAAAUAUUCAGUGUUUUUAGAGGCAAAUUGUUUAUUUACUUAAAAGUAUGCCAAAGUCAUCCACCAAUACCAUAGUAUUAUGGGGUAUUUGUUAAUAGUGCUCUUAAAUAACCAUUUGUAAUUCAUUUGUUAUCCAGUAUGUUAGUAAAGAAUUGUUUAAGUGAAUUCUCAGUCUAUAGCUCAAGUGUUACCUUCACUUAUAAUGUUAUAAAGUGGAUCUUUUUUUCUAGACUAGUUAAGACUGUAACUGGAUGUGGAGAUGCAGUAUCAGGUAUACAAUUAAAGAAUAAUACAUAGUUUAAAGGGUGGUUCAUAUCAUUUGUAGUCACAUGAGUGGGAGUCAUUACUGUUAGUAUUUCAAGUCAAUAGUAGGUGUCAUUGUCAGCUCAAUCAGUGGGGGCUGUUAUUGUGUGCACGAUCGGUGAGCGGUGUCAUUAUUAGUAAACUAAGUGGGAGUGAGAACAUGAUGUUUGAGAAGGUGGGUGAUUGAACUAGUCAUAAGCAUAUAAUUUUUAUCAUGCUAAUGAUUAAUGCAAUAGACAACAAUGUACUUGGUAAACUGCAUAUUUUUCAACAUGCAAGGUUUUUCUCCCCUCAGUGUUAUUUCAGAAGCUUAAAUAAAGGUUACCCAUAUUAUUUUUAAAUAUGUAUAUAUUUAUUUUUAUUUGUAAUUAAGUUCAAUACAGUUGUGCCACUAGUAUUUGUGAAGGAAGAGCCUUGAUUGUAAGUGCAUCAGUGAGGUUCAGUUCAUGUUCUUUUGAAUACCUUUGUUGUUACAGCUAAAAGAUGUCUUACUGAAUUCAGUAUAAAUAGUUUUUUUUUUACGGUUAACUUGUCAAAAACAUUUUACUGCUACAUAUUUUUAAUUAAAUUCCUCUGAAUAAGAAUGUUUUAAGAGAGAUCUGUUAUACAUAUUAAAUUAAUUUCACCAAAGUGAUUUAGUAUAACAGCUAACCUUUCCUAAAUUAAAAAAAAAAAAAAGUUUUUUCAGAUGCAAAACAUGAAUAUUAUGCCUAUGGGUUUUACAAGUACAGUUGGCGUAAAUUUGUAUAAAGUGGAGAAAAUGUUUUACAAGUAUGUUUAAGGUAGAGAUCGUUUGCUGUUAAUCCCUUUGCUACACUGAUUUAACUGUCAUCAUAAACCUUUCUUCACCAACAAAGCUGUAUUAGAUGUCUCAAGGGUGAACUAUUUUGAGAAACUAUUAUUUUUAACCAUUUUGAGGAAAGCUAUUUUCUACAAAGCCCUAAAUGUCAUCAGUUGCAAGUAAUGUAGAGUACAUAUCAUUCAUAAACGGGUAACAACCACUGUUCAUAGUUAAUUUAUGCCCUUUGUUUUGAGGAUGGCUUGCUCACAAAAUCACUGACAUCACUGCCCUCCAUUGUCUAAAAUGUAAUGAAAAGUUAAUUUUUUUACCAUGUGACUUAAAUGUCCCUAUUCUGUUUACAUUCAAACACACACAUGACUCUAGGCUCAAGUGAUGCACUGAAAUAUUCCAGGAUGUAACUCAGUGCAUCAAAAGUGUAAAUCUUUGAUGCUGUAAAACAGUAAAGGAAAUAUUUUGAAACUGGUGACAGUUGUUGACUGUCUUGGCUAAAGAGUUCAACUACAGUACUACAGACAGUGAAAUGCUACACAAUUUUACUCAACUUCCUUCAGAUGGUUGUUGAGGUAUUCCCUGAUAUCAGUGUUAAUACUUCAUUGUUGCUGCAUUAUUCCCUAUUCUGUGCUGGUCAUUCACUUAGUGCAAUUAAUUAUUGUAGUUGUAGAACUAAUUAUCAUUAGUGACGGCAUAUUAUGCUUGAUACUUGUGACCACUGCACCAACGUGUUGCCAACUAUAAUUUGUUAUUACUGUAUAGCCUGGGCUUGCCCAAGCAAGUUCUACCAGUGGGGUUAAUUAAUGAGGUAACCUAUAUUAAUGCUUGUCUACCUUGUCUUGUUUAUUUUUAUUUACUAAAUACAUGAUCUCGUUGAUGCAAUCUUCAUUUUUUGCAUUCUUUUUUUUCGCAUUGCUAUCAAAUAGCUGUUUUACUUGUUCUUAAUCAUAACCAAAUAUUGCAGCUGGCUUUUCUGGGUAAGAUUUUAUAUGAGGUUGUGCAGUCAUGAAGCAGGUUGACAGGUUAGAGAGAACAAGGGACAAGUUGUGUAAAUUAAACUUGUGAACAAGGUAGUGAAGGCAAGGGUAUGCCCCUGCACGGAUUGGAUGGUAAUAUUGGAAGACAAUCAGUAUUUUGGACCGGGAGAGUGGAACAAUA